CUCAGUAUUUCUAAAAUCGUGGCUACAGCCCUGCAGGUGUGCUAUAAAACAAUAAUAAUGAUAAAUUUCAGAUUUUACUGAAUCGUACAGUUUCCAUAGCAACUGCAGAGUUUGUGUGCACGGUCAGGAAAGUAACGUUAACGGGCGGUUUUACGGAAGCAAACGGAAGAGAAAGUCACACUCCCAAAACACACCGCAAGAAAGCCCAGAAAUCAGGCGCGAGUUCAACGCAGCAGGAGGACAGGUGACAGAUUUAUUUCGUGACCCUUUGGAGGGGCCCGGCCCUCUAGGUUGGGAACCACUGGACUAAACUACCGAACUUCACUCACUUACACAAUCUCCGUGGUGACCAUCGACAGCGGCAGCGCUCGUCCCGUUGAGUUACCCACCAGCCCGUGUCACAUGACGUCAGACCAGAAUCCACAGUGUCCAGCUGAUCUACAGGUGCAGUUAUCGCUCGGAGCGCUGGGUCCUGGAUACUACUACGUCUACCAGGCCAGAGAAGAUGGGGUGCUGCUUUAGUAAGGAGCUCAACCCCGGCCUGCAGAAUGAGAGGAGCAGUCUGUUACAGCCCCCGCUCCACGAUGGGCUGAAUGAGGUGACAGAGCAGGUCAGGCAACACGCUGUGGCUGUAGCUCAGCAUGUGUGCUUAGACGAAGAGGAGACAUGUGUGGCAGACAGACCGGCCCAGAAGAAGCCUCCGGAAGAUGAGGAAAGACAUCCAGAACUGGACAACAAAGUUUGGACAGAGGCGGCCGUGGUCAGCAGGGACAGCACCACGCGGAGUGAGAGGGAUCUUAAACCAGCGAGCACUCACGAGGAGAAGGGGGCUAUUAUUAUCACAACCAGCACAAACAUACAUACAGACACGGACGCAGAGGCCGGUGUGACACACACUGCCAGGCCCAGCUGUGGACCGGCUCCGUAUAUGGAGGUGCCCACGCAGAGUCCACUCAGACAGAAGAUUUUGGAGAAUGCCACACUCAGGGCUUUAUGGUUCAAUCAGCUCCCAGACGGGCAGAAGCAGCACAAACUGUCAAGCUGUUGGUCAGCUCCCGCCAGGUUACCCUCUGCUAACGCCACAGUGAGUGAGGUGUCAGAUUACCAGACGCCACCACUGGUCAGCUUGUGUCAGGGGACACGGCAGGAUUCCCCCAAAGCUGAGCACAAGGAUGAGGAAGGCGAGGAAGUCUGUGUCGUCGCAACAACACUGGGUCAAGGUUUCGAAUCAAGGACCCGGAGUUUCUACAGCAUAUGUUCCAUUGACGCUGAUGACCUUGAACAUGACCACAUCCACAGCCAGUCCCGAACAGCUGGAGCAACAUACUCACUGCACACAGCUGAAGUAGAAACAGCUGCUCUGCCCUGCAUAGUGGAGUCUCCCGUCUCCAGCCAAUCGCACACAGAGGCAUCCACACUCUGUGACCAGUUGUAUGUCACAGAAUCUAAAAUGACCAGCCAAUCACAGGAUGAGGAACCAGCUUCAGCACAAUCACAUGCUGCAGAACAGUCUUCCACCAUCCUGCCACAGACACACUCAGGCAAUUCACUCUCAGCAGAGCAGACCACCUUAUCUCAUCCUGUUGUAUCUCAACAGCUGGUAGACCCUCUGUGUGACCUGCUGCCCCCGUCCAGCAUUCAAAUAAACAACGAUGAAGCUCAGGUGUCCACCCAGGACAGCCCUCAGCCUGAAGAUUUUAACUGCCAGACAGCUGCAAAGGACACACAUGAGUCCAAGGAUGACAUGUUGUUGACGUCACACAAAGAUGAAAGUGUAUGUGUGGAGGAGGAGACAGUGAAGGGAUCAGAGCAGAUAAUAGUUACAGAGAGGUGUGUGUGUAUAGUGGAAGAGAGUGUGUGCUUGGGGGUCCACGGAGCAGCAGAGGGAGUCUUUAGUGCCACAGAAGAAACGGUGGUCAAAUUCCAGGAGGAAGAAUUGGAUCAGAGUGUGGAUUCUGACUUUAACCCUCUGGACGAUCAUCUGCAUGAGUCUGACCUGUUAACAGAGCAGGACAUCCAAAGUUCACAACCAGCAACUGAAACUCCUAAACUGGAUAUUUCCAGUCAGACCCCCAGUUUUUCAAAGCCUGACCUCAACCUCACACCACUGCGCGAGGAGGAGGUUGCUUUGCUUCUGUCUGGAGGACAGUUUGAGAUGGAUAAAUCCUCCCUGCAGAGCGAAGCUAUCCCUGUGAGUAUCUGCAGAAGCCACAGUGAGGAGGGUGUUGUUGAUCACAGCGGCACAGCAUGUACGCCUCUUACAGAGGUGUCCUCAGUUUCCACCAUCUCAGCUGUGUCAUCACUGCCCAUUGAACUGACUGCCUUCUCCUGCCACACAAAUCUGACACCUCUCUCAGACUUAAAAAGCACAUCUCACCAGUGUGACUCCAUCACAUCUGACAAAUUAGACGUUAAUUCAAACAAUCCAACAUUUGAAUUGAGCAGCAUUAAGCCUCCUAGUCAAGAUGUUGAACCUGUAUUCACUGAAUCUGAGCAUAGUGAUGCCAGGUUUGAUGACAGUGACACACAGCUUGACCGUUCUGAUGUGAAAACUGAAGGUGCGGCGGUGUCUCUUAAACAUGGCUCAGACAAGCCUUUUCAGGAUGUCCUCAUGAGUGGAGAUGACAGGCAGGCAGUCAAAAAAUCUAAACCAGAAAUGUGUCAGAACAGCAAAUAUGUUGAGGGAGGUGAUGUCACAGUCGUUUUACCUGAAACAGCUGAAAACACGUCUCACCUAGAGGCGAGUGACAGAAAAGGGGACCUGUUGUCAGAGUACUUCGACGACUGUAAAGUUGUAAAUACAAGCAUCGCUCUUCAUGACCCCGAGGACCCCGAGAGCAGUGUUGAACAUUCAAGUCUCAGCCCUCUCACACAAUCUCCUCCUGCUGAAAGUGAUCUUUCUUUUACUACUUCCUCCACUCCACGUCCCUCUUCCUCAUCUCUGUGCACAUCUUCUGAGAAAGGUGAGCAUAGUUUUUAUCCAGAGACUGAAACUGAUACUACUGAGAGUGGAUGCAGACAAAUCCAACUGAAGGUAAAUCCACCAGAGAAAGUAUUUAUGCAUGCGUGUGAGGAAGGGGAAGAGACAACAGCUGCACAGGGGACUCAGAUUGAUCCGCCCUUCUUCAUGCCAAUCAAGCAUGAAUCUGCAGAUACAGUAGAACAGCACCCCCACACUCCUCAAACAGCCUCUGAACCCCCAGAAUUAUUAACCUCCAGUGUUUCCUCUGAUUGUAUGAACCGUAAAGUCGACAUUAGCCUGCAGCAUGACGCUGUUGACUGUUUACCUCAAGCUGGAGAUUCAUCAAAUAGAAUUCGCUCAGAGGAAAUGAAUGAAAUGGAGAUGCACAUGUCACAGGAGGAGCACCCUGCAUUUGACAGCGAUAUACAGCAAGAAACUCCCAUUAUUUCAGCCACUGAGACACUGUCCCAAAGCGUCAUGGUCCAUGCUGAUACCAGCAUCUGUGACUCAUACAUGAUUCUUAAUGACUUCAGCUGUCCAGAUGAGAAAGCCGCGGUUUUGGACUGCCAGGAGGACCACACCAUGAUCACUGUGGACCCAGGUCAGAUUGAUGUUUAUGCCUCAACUCCGUCAUACGAGAUUCACUUCCUGGGUCACGAGCCGUCAGCGACUGCUGAGGAGGGAGAGAGAGAAGGAGGGAUGAGGGAGAUGGUGUCUGAGCUGCUGGGAGAGGACGCAGACUCCUCCGUCUGCCGCCGCUAUCCCCACCCCUGGAUCAAGCUGGAUCUGGAGAAGAGCUGCGGGGGGUGGGCCCAGGGCGCGUCUGAGGCAGAGCCCAGCCAGGGUGAUAGCAAGACGGGCACCCACGUGGAGCAAAUCCCAGCCUUGGUCUCAGAGCUCCAGCCCUCUAUGGCUCUGCUGGGAGCUUACCCCUACAGCACUGUGAUGCCUCAGGGACCCUGUGUGUGGGACUGGCACACAGAUUGUACUCAGUCUGGACCUACUGCUGCCCCUAGCCUUAACCCUAAUGCUGAGGUAUGGACCAAUCCCAACUUUAACUUGGAUGUCCCUGGCCCCGCCUACCUACAGGCUCAGCAGCCAUGGCUGCAAUUCCCCAACGAUCUGACCAAUCACGAAGGACACAUGCCCGAAUUGCAGCUGGAGAAAAUGGGCCUGACUGAGGCUGUGGCUGAGGCAGAUCCCAGCACACUAGAGUACCAGACACUGACUGCCGAAGCUCCUAUAGUUAAUGGAGAGCCCAGUGAACCACCUGUCACAGAUGAGAUCAGACAAGAGCUGAGGACAGUUUUGGAGUCCUGCCUGACCAGGGAGCACCUUGGCAACGACCUGUACCUCAAUUCUCAGAUGGACAGCGACCAGUAUGUCUCCAUCGCAACUCUGGCCAGCCUCGACAAGAUCAAGAAUCUCAGCACGGACCUGGACCUCAUCUCCGACAUUUUGAAAUCUCUGCCGCUGGUGCAGGUGGCUCCGUGUGGACAGAAGGUCCGGCCCAGUCAGAGUCGAUGUGUCGUCAUCCUGCGUGAGAUCCCCAACAGCACUCCUCAGGAGGAGGUGGAGGCUCUCUUUGACGGGGAGGACCUGCCCAAGUUCCUGAGCUGUGAGUUUGUGAGCAAUGAUAACUGGUUCAUCACAUUCAAAUCGGAAGCCGACGCACAACAGGCCUACAAGUACCUCAGAGAAGAGGUUCGGGUGUUUAAGGGAAAGCCGAUCAUGGUGAGGAUAAAGGCCAAAACCAUGGCAGUUACUUCCUACGCUCCAAAAAAUGGCUACAGACCCGCCCAGCUGGACCAGUGCGGCAAUCAUUACGGCUCCUACUUCCCCCCAAGCACCUUCCAACAGCAGCCCUGCCCCACCCACAUACCAGCACAGCAGCUGUAUGAUUUCACCAAUGAGAUGUGGGGUUCAGCUGCGACAGGAUACCAAGAAUGUGCUGAGCAGCCUUCAACAUUGAUGAAUGACUUCAUGAAUGGAUUCUCAGGAGCUUCCACUUUCAAACCUCAUAACCCACACAGGCAGAGGAGAGGCUCAAGGUGGUCAAACUCCGGAGACCGUUGGCAGUCCCAUCAGAAUGAUUCCUCACACUUGUCAGAGCAUGCACCAGUGGAGCGCUCCUCUUCUCCAACAAAGCCGGGUCGAGGGCGUUCACGGGGCAACAUGCGCCGUCAGAGCAGAGGUGGAAGGUCGGAGCCCAACAAGCAAGUUGUGUCACCCACUUCUGAUUGGGGAAGGAGAGGAAACUUCAGCCAGAGGAGGAGAGAGAACCCGAGGUCAUGGGACAAAUCUGCUGGAAACAAUCGUAAUGCACCGAGUCAGUCGCCGCCUCGUCAACCAUCUCCUCCUCUUGAGCUCGGGCUCACGAGCUUCCCUCCUCUUCCUCCGGCAAACACUGUCAUAGCAACGAUACCUGCAGCUAAUGGCAAUGUCAAGAGUCCAGUCAAAAGCAGCAGCCCGUGUGCAUCAGUGCCAACGAUCUCACAGGAGCCUCAGCCAGUCUUACAGCAAUCUGCAGCCACAGCACCAGCUUCUCCUGGAAUGAGAAGGAGCAUGCAGAGACGACCAGUGAGGCCAAACCAGCACAGCUUACACAGGAACCAGUCACGGAGUCCAAGAAGCCAAGCUACGCGGAGAUCUGCCAGAGAACAUCAUCCAAUGAGCCGGUGCCGUUCGCUGACCACGCCUCUUCAGAGGCAGAGCACAUCCUGACCUAUCCGGACCAAGCGUCCAAACCAGCUCUGUUGCCACGGUGAUCAUAUUGGUUGGAGAAAACGACAACUAACUUUUUUUGUCCUAUGGGUGUCACAUAAGCUGAAAAUGUAUUAUUAUACUGUCCUAACUACACGAACCAGCUGCACUUUUACUAUGAAGAACAAUCUGUGUGUACAGAGUGAUGUGAUAUCAUUUACAGUGCAGAAAGAUUGUUAGGAUAUAUUACAUUAAGCACCAAACACAGCCUUUAAAUCAACUAUGUUUAGGUCUGGAUCUUAAAACCCUUCAAGUGUGCAUCGGGUGUGGGGGUCUGACUGCUGACUCAGGAUGUGGGUCUGGGGUCGCUAACCACUCGGGAUGUUUAAGCCAACUUUUCAGUUUUUAGAGAGGAAGCUGGAAAUAAUUUGUGAAUGUUUAUCUGUAACUUUACGUUAGUUUUAUUUCUUGGUUUGUAGUUCAGAUCAGUUUAUUGAGAGCCAGGUUCCAUUUUGAUUUAGUCUCGUUUUGCUGAUGGCACUGGCGCUUCUUUUCCUGCUGUUUGUGUGUUUGGUGUUUUCUCGCUGUACAGGAUGUUCUGCCACGACUUUUUUCCCAUACAUCUGUGUUAUUCUUUAGUCUACAGGCCGCUGUGGGCACACAUGAUGCUUUUUCUCUAAAUAUUAGUACUAGUCACCCAGUUUGUUUCCAUUUUUAGAUGAUGGUGAGAGGUCCAGGCCUGUAAUGAACCAAGGGCCAGUGUGUAUUAGUGAGUACUGAGAGGAUCAGACCUCUGUAUUGAUUUGAUGUUGCUAGUCCAGGAAUCAAAGUUAACUUGAAAGUAUGUUCCCCUUGAAAAAGCACUGAAUAUUAACUCUAUCUCUGCAUGAUUUUUUAUUUCAUUUUAGAAUUUAAUUUAUGUCAUUUUUAUUUAUGUUAGACAGGAGUGCCUUUGUGUGUUAAAGCUUUAGUCUCACCUGUGUUGAGAAAGAAGUCUGGUUGAUGUACCUCAGUGUCAUAACGUCCAGUGUUUUGGACACAUUUCAGGUCGUCCCAUAAAGGGAAACAUCCUUUUGGCUGGGUGUAAACAGCACAAAGAACUUGAACUGUGUUUAAGAACUUGAAUUUGAUUGUACGGAGUCCAGUGUUCUUCUGUUUAAAAUAUACAAUUUUAAAUGUAAAACAGUUGUCAUGGAGAAAGAGCAGGCACGGUUGUGGCCCAUGUUACUUUGUCUGUACAGAUGUACAUAUUGAACAAAUAUUAAAGAAGUGCCUUCGAAGUUAAAAA